AGGUAGAUUUUUUUACCUGGAAAGAAAUAAUCAAAAAUAGUAGUUAGUUAGUUAAUUAACAACGUCACAACUAAUUCUUCUAGUGUUACCGUUAUUUUUGGAUUACACAUAUCAAGAUGGCUUUUAUUGCAUUUUUGAAGUCCCAAAGACAUCUCAUCAAAGUAAUUGCAAUCGCAGCUGUUCUAUCAGCAUUGGUCACAGCAGCCAUUAUUAUAGCAGUAUUUGUACUGUUACAUCGAGAAAUUUUGCCCGUUGAACAUGAGAAAAUCUCGAGAGGAACGGUAGUGUCAAAUGUAGUAGGCUGUGCAAAUAUUGGAACGAAUAUAAUGGAGAAAGGGGGGAAUGCCGUAGAUGUAGCUAUAGCAACUCUUUUCUGUGAAGGUGUUGCGAUGCCUAGUACCAUGGGAUUGGGUGGCGGUUUUUUGAUGACGAUAUAUAAUAAGACAACAGGAGAAAUGUGGUCUUUGAAUGCUAGGGAAGUAGCACCAGCAGCUGCAACAAUAGACAUGUUUCAAGGAAAUGAAAAGUUGUCAGUAUCUGGUGGCUUAUCAGUGGCAGUUCCUGGAGAACUGAUGGGUUACUGGUCCGCCUACCAAAAGUUUGGAGGUGGAGUGCCAUGGAAAGACUUGAUUCAACCUACUAUAGAUAUAUGUAAAAAAGGAGUUUUGGUCAAUGGUUUCGUAGCGGGACUACUUCAGGAAUAUAAAAACGAUCUUUAUGCCGAUAGCGUUUUGAGGGAGAUUUUUUUCGAUCCCGAAACAAAUGACACCUACACGGAGGGACAGUAUUAUACAAGGCCAAAGCUUGCCAGAACUUUGGAAAUUAUUGCUACAGAAGGUGCUGAUGCUUUGUAUAAUGGUUCUCUCACAGAUGAAUUCGUUCGAGAUAUACAGGAUCACAACGGUAUUAUUACUGUGGAUGACCUCAAUUCCUAUAGAGCAGAAUGGCAAAAACCAAUUGAAGCAACUCUAUCUGGAAAUAUAAAAUUAUAUACAGCUCCACUACCUGGUUCUGGGUCAAUCCUAACAUUCAUUCUUAAUGUACUUGACAAAUUCUUAGAUGUCAAAAAGCCAACAUCAAUCACGAACUAUCAGAGAAUCGUAGAAAGUUUCAAAUUUGGUUAUGCGAGAAGAAGUGAACUCGGAGAUAGCAAUUUCGUGGAUGUAGAAGAGAUUCUUGAAACACUGCUGUCCAGAAGAUACGGCAGAAGAACAAGAAACAUGAUUCGUGACCACUGGACCUCUUCAAAUGCCUCUUAUUACGGAGCUAGAUUUGUGAUGCCAGAGGAUCACGGUACUGCUCACAUUUCUGUUUUGACCCCUAGUGGUGAUGCAGUAUCUGUUACGAGUACCAUCAAUUAUGUUUUUGGAGCAAAAUUCGCAUCGAACAGUACUGGCAUUAUUCUCAACGACCAAAUGGAUGACUUUUCCUCUCCAAAUAUCACCAAUGUUUUCGGAAUUCCACCAUCUCCAUCCAACUACAUUAUUCCUGGUAAACGACCAAUGUCUUCGACAUGCCCUUCUAUCAUACUGAACAAAAACAAAGAAGUCGUGAUGAUAAUUGGCGGUGCGGGAGGAAGCAAAAUUACAUCAAGCGUUGCCCAGGUCAUUUUGAAUCAUCUAUGGUAUGGCAUGGAUUUGAAGGCGGCUUCGGAUGCCAAGAGAAUUCAUCAUCAGUUGUUUCCCAUGGAGGUAGCUUUUGAGGAAGAGUAUUUGAUGGAGGACACUUUCGUUGUGGAAGGUCUCCAACGAAUUGGACACAAUGUUUCCUUCUCUAAUGGAAAUGGAUUUGCUGCAAUAACUGCAAUUUCAAGAAAUGAAGACAACUCUGUAACUGGUGUUUUUGAUAGACGAAGACCUGGAUCUGUGUCCUAUGUUUAUUAAAUUUGAAUGACGGCGUCAUUUGAGUUAGUUUCAAUUCAUCG